CCGCGAAGAUGGCCGGGGAGAUGACGGUGCUGGGUUCUGCUAUUUUGACUCUUUUGUUAGCUGGAUACCUUGCCCAACAGUAUUUGCCCAUGCCCACACCAAAAGUAAUUGGACUUGAUCUUGGCACUACGUACUGUUCUGUUGGUGUGUUCCUUCCUGGCAUAGGACAGGUGAAAGUGAUUCCUGAUGAAAAUGGGCACAACAGCAUCCCAAGCAUAGUGUCUUUCACGGAGAAAGAUGUGCAUGUAGGAUAUGAUGGACUAGAGCUGGCUGAUUCGAACCCUCAGAACACUGUGUAUGAUGCCAAAAGAUUUAUAGGGAAGAUUUUCACUCCAGAGGAAUUGAGAUGGGAAAGCAGGAGAUACCCAUUUAAGAUUCUUAAUAAUAAAGGAGCUGCAGAAUUUUCCAUUGCAACAAAUGAGACAUAUAAUGUAACACCGGAAUAUAUUGGUUCUCAGCUGCUUCUUAAGUUGAAGAGGAUGUCAGAGGACUACCUUGGCAUGCCUGUUUCCAAGGCAGUAAUUUCAGUACCAGCAGAAUUUGAUGAAAGACAACGGAACUAUACAAUAAAGGCAGCUAGCCUUGCAGGACUGGAAAUCCUGAGGGUAAUUAAUGAACCCACAGCUGCAGCUAUGGCGUAUGGUCUCCACAAGGUGGAUGUAUCUAAUGUUCUGGUCGUGGAUUUGGGUGGAGGAACACUGGAUGUUUCUCUGCUGAACAAGCAAGGAGGGAUGUUUCUGACACGAGCUAUGGCAGGUAACAACAUGCUUGGAGGUCAGGACUUCAACCAGCGGCUGCUUCUCCACUUGUAUAAUGAAAUCCAUCAGAUGUAUGGUUCUGUGCCGACCAAAAAGGAAGAAAUACAUAGACUUAGACAAGCUGUAGAAGCUGUCAAACUGAACUUGACGAUUCACAAUUUUUCUACAAUUAGAGUACCUCUUACCAUGCCAGAGAAGAAGAACCAACAUGAACAUUUGCAGGAAGAGAACCAAGCGAAUAGCAAACAAGAUGAAGAUUUCACUGAAGAUGACCAUUCAGUGAAAGAUAAUAUGAGAGACAGCAAAACACAGAGCAGCACUUCAAAAAAAAUUCUCUUUGAAACACAAGUUUCCCGGAAACUGUUUGAGACAUUAAAUGAGGACCUUUUUGAGAAGAUCCUUGUGCCUAUUGAACAGGUAUUGAAAGAAGGACAUCUAGACAAGUCAGAAGUAGAUGAGAUUGUAUUAGUUGGAGGGUCUACCCGUAUUCCAAGGAUACGAAAAGUUAUUACAGAGUUCUUUGGAAAGGAACCCAACACCUCUGUUGACCCAGACCUAGCAGUAGUAAUAGGGGUGGCUAUCCAGGCAGGAAUUGUUGGGGGUUCCUGGCCUCUCCAAGUUAGUGCUGUAGAAAUCCCAAACAGGCAUUUACGAAAGACAAAUUUCAACUGAGUGUCAGUGUUCUUACAUUCUAUU